UACCUUUUCAAAUAAGCAUUUUUCAAACAAUUUCUUAAAUUAUUAAUUUAUCGUCUUUUAAGUUGUUAAUUGUUAAGUUUGUCACUACAAUAAUUGAUGUUACAGUUUAUUUAUCAAAAUUAUAAUGACGAUUGUUAUUUUGUAAUUUGUUCUAAAGAUCAUUGUUAAAUUAAAAAUAAUAAUGUUGCGUUUAAAUAAUUACGACUUGCAAACCAAUUUCAGCACUAAAUAUGUAACCAAAACAACAUUCGAAGAAGUUUCAUACUCUGAUAGCCAAAUCAUACACCGCGUUGAAAAUGUAAUUAGUAUUGCAUAAACAUAAGUCACCUGGGAUAUAUUUCCAAGUGUAUGUAACCUAUUAAUUAUUUAUUUGUUUUAGUGGUUAAAUUUAUACUUACAAAGUUCAAGACAACGAAGAUUUUUGGAUAAAGAAUUGAUUGUAAAUGGUCUGCGAUCAUUACAUCCCGAAUAUAAUAGAAAGCCUUGGGGGGUUUUAUCUAAUUUAGUUAGCAGAGGUUUGUUUAUUUAAUUGGUACAUAAUGCCUUAUCUCAUAGCAAUAUUGUAUAUUGUCCUUUAGCAUUAGUAGUGCUCGAUAGUCAGAAGAUCGAUUCUGAAAGUAGCCCACAAAGUAUAUCAUCAAAUGAAUGUUCAACCAUUGACAUAAUGUCUUCUGAAAGUGAAGAAAUUGACAUGUCAAAUAAUUUGGAUCCACCUCAAAGUUCAAAUAAUGAUAUCACAGAAACUGAUGUAAACAGCUCAGAAACAGCCGAGAAGUAUUUAUCUCUAAUCAAUUGUUAUUUUGUUAAUAUAUUUUUUUUUUUUUUAUUGAAAUUUCCAAUAAAUUAUGUAUACCUUUUUUAGAAUCGGUUCAAACUCAUUUUUGUGUAAUUUAAUCACUAAUAGAAACAAUUAUGAUUCUUCAAAUGAUGUUGAACGUUUGGUAAUUAAGAGUUUAUUUUAUUAUGCAUUAACAUUUAAAAAUUAUAAACUGUUAUUCUUAUAAUCUUGUUUUUAGUCUGGCUGGGUUAUAGACAAAACACCGAUGAACGUGAACAAUCUUAAAAGAAAAAAGAAAACUAACUUGAACAAUACUGUAGAAGAAAUGUCAACACCAAUGAAAAAAGUUUGUCAGGAAUUAGGUACCACUGAAGCUGUAACUGUUACAUUUGAUGAUCUGGCUGGUUGUGAUACCGUACUAUUAGUAUGUUCAAAAAAAAAGAUUCUAUUAAAGGGUAAAAAAUUGUAUCUAUUAUGUUUAAACUUAUUUUUAGGAUAUUUGUCAAUUAGUUAUGCACAUUAAGUACCCAGAAGUUUAUAAAACAUUGGGUGUGUCACCACCAAAAGGAUUUUUACUUCAUGGACCACCUGGAUGUGGCAAAACAUUGUUAGCUCAAGCAGUAGCAGGGGUAUAUAAUUUAUUGUAACUCCUAAAUUAUUAUUAAACUUCAUUAAAUUAUUAUUAUAAAACUAUUUGUUAGGAGUUGAAAUUACCUCUAAUAAGCAUAGCUGCACCACAACUUGUGGUUGGUAUAAGUGGAGAGUCAGAAAAACGGGUAAGAAAACUGUUUGAAACUGCUGUUAAGUCUGCACCCUGUGUACUUUUUAUCGAUGAAGUAGAUUCCAUUUCCCCAAACAGAGAUAACACUUCACGUGAUAUGGAACGUAGAAUCGUAGCUCAAUUAUUAUCUUCAUUAGACAGUAUGAUUGUUUAUAGAUAACCAUUACAGUGGAAUUUUAAUAUUUUUUAAGCAUUAUUUCAGGCUUAAAAGAUGACGAUAAAGUAAUUGUGAUUGGUGCUACAAACCGUCCCGACAGUUUGGAUCCUGCAUUGAGACGGGCUGGUCGGUUUGAUCGUGAAGUUUGUCUUGGUAUACCGGAUAGGCAAUCUCGUAGAGCAAUAUUGGAUCUUAUGUGUAAAAAUUUACGAAUCGAUCCAUCAGUCAGCUUAGAUAAAUUAAGUGAAUUAACACCGGGUUAUGUUGGUGCAGAUUUAAAAUCACUUACUCGGGAAGCUGCUACAUUAGCAGCCAAUAGGUAGAUAUAUUUAUGGUUAUUAUUUAUUAAAGAAAUGGUUAAAUAAUAGACAAUAUUUAACAUAUUUUGGCAUAAUUCUAGUUUAGCUCCCGUGCGAUUUAUUAGGGUUUUUAUUUCAAAAUGUGUGUUUUUAGGUGUACAUUAAGAAUGUAAAAAAAAAGUUUAGGAAGUUAUGGAAGAAAACUUCAUAAAGUUUAGGUUUACUGUCUUGUGCAUGUCUUAGUUAAAAUUUAAAAUUUUCAAAAAUGCGUGUUUUUUAAUGUUUAAUCCAUUGAUAGGAUUGGUUGGUAAGUUAAUCAUAACUUACUUAUCAUACUUCUAUAGUUUUUGUAGAUAACCCUUGAAAAAUAGUAUUUUUGAAAUUAAUCAAAAAUGAACCUUUUUUUAAUUAUUAUUACUAUAGUUAUUGAUAGUUUGAUAAUAAAGUUUUUUUUAUUGAAGUCAAAAUAAGUCAAUCUGGCUUAGUUUUAGAAUUACAAAUGUUUGAACGCACCGUGUUUUACUGCGCUCAAUCAGAAAAUUUUGUAACUUAACUGAUGAACAAACUACUAAGUACAUUAUAGAAAUUAAAUGUAUUUAACGAAAAACAGGUUUUUGCAGCAAUAGAAUAAUGUAUUUCUACUUACGAGAUUUCCUAAAUUUUAAAUAGAUUUUCUAAAUUUCAUGACAAUACCCAUGGUUGAAAUAGUCCAGGUUAUUGCAUAUAUACUCCUCAUUUAAAAUGGCAGUGUGAAUUGAAUUUGAACUUUAAACUGAUUACAACCUUAACUGUUGUAAUCAGUUUGGCAAAUAUUUUAAAGUUCAAUUUUCAAACAGUAUUAAAUACUUAACAGUUGGAUUUGAAUUUUGAAUCGAGCUGAAAUCAAGGGUUUAGUUCCAGAUCAUAUAAUUUGACCCAUCACCAAAAAGAAGUAUUAAUAUUUUAACAAAAUUAUUAUUGUUAUAACUAGAGCCUGGAAUUAUAUGCAUUUAAAAGUUGUCAAAUAUAAUGGAAAUAUGCAUACAAAAAGUAGCUAAAUUAUAUGCAUUAUUAUACUUAUUAAAAUAUGUUUAAAAAAACUAAAAUACCAUUUUUAUAUCAAGAAUAUUAAUAAAAUUUAGUAAUGAUUUAUUAUGUAUUAUAUUAUUUGAAAUGAAAUAUCUGAAAACCUAACAAUAAACUUUAAAAAUAAUAAAAUUAAAAUCACAUGCUUUUACUACACAAGAUUUUAAAAUAUAACAACACAUUAAACACGACAAGAAUGACAAACAAAUUCAUAAAAUGAUAACAGCAAGACAUAUAUGAUUGUUGUGAGUCAUAGCUUAGAGCUCUGAUUUCAUACACUGUGGUAAUAUAAUGGUAUUUUAACAAAAUUCCCUUAAGAAAUAAUGUCAACAACUUUUUUUCUACAGUAAAAUUGAUUUAUAAAUAAUAAAUACAUGUUAUAUGCAAUAAUCCUCCGAACGUGCAAAAUAUGCUAAGUCAAAUUUGGUAUUUGAAUUUGGUGUGAUAUGAAUUGUAAACAUUUCAAACCCACAUUGAUGUGCAUACACUAUGUAUAAAUAUGCAAAUGCAUAUAAUUCCAGGCUCUAGUUAUAAUUGAAAAAUGUAUCAUUAUAAUUUAAAAAAAAUAACUAUAAAAAUUAUGUUAAAACAAUUACAGAUACAAUUGCUGAAUUAAAUUAGUUAUGUUUCAAGGUUUAAUAUAUUUGGGAAACUUUCUUUUGUUAAUUAAAUAAAUAAUUUAAACUUAUAAUUUCAUAAAAUUUAUUUAUUUAUUUAUUUAUUUAUUUUUUUGAGGUAAUUAUAAAAUAGUUGAAAUAAUGGUUAAACACAAAUGUCUGAAUUUAAAAAUUAAAUAUAUAUUAUGGUGCUAACAGAUUUUAUAGGAAAAAUAAUAAUGAUAAAUCAAUUUCAAGAUAACAUACCUAUAAGCAUUUCAUAAGUAAAUUUAUAUAAUGUGAAAUGUAUUUAUUAUUAUUAUUAUUAACUAAAUAAAAUUAUAGAUUAUUAUAAAUUUAGAGGUUUGAAAUCUAUCAUAAUUGUUUUUAAUUGCUUAUUUAGUUGUAUUUCAUUAAAAUAAAUGUGUAUGUUUUAAUAGAACAAUUGAAUCUAUCAAAAAAAAAUUACAUGACCAAAUAUCUGAAGUUAAACUUGAGCCAUAUGCAACUACUGAAAGGAACACAGUUAAAGAUUCCUUGAAUUUAUUACGUGCGGAUAAUAUUAUCGCAAAAGAAGACUUGAGUGAAAUCUAUAUUGAACUCAGUGAUUUUAAUGAAGCUUUAAAAAAAGUUGUUCCUUCAUCCAAAAGAGAAGGAUUUGUUACAGUCCCAAAUGUUACUUGGGAUGAUAUUGGUUCUUUAAAAAAAAUAAGACAAGAAUUACACAUGGCUAUGUUGGUCUGUAUUGUAUAUUAGUUCCCCUUUCCCUCAUCAAGUACUAAUAUAAUUAUGUAUCUGUUAAAGGCGCCUGUAACCCAUGCAAAAGAAUUUACUGCACUGGGCUUAGAUGUCCCGACCGGUGUAUUGUUGUGUGGCCCACCAGGUUGUGGUAAAACAUUAUUAGCGAAAGCUGUAGCAAAUGAAGCUGGUAUUAAUUUUAUUUCUAUAAAAGGUCCAGAGUUAUUGAAUAUGGUAAAUAUAUUAUUUCUGAGUUGUGAUAAUUAUUGAUUGUAAUUAAUCUCAAUUGUGUUAUAUUUUUGUUUAGUAUGUUGGUGAGAGUGAACGAGGAGUUCGUCAGUGUUUCCAAAGAGCACGCAAUUCACAGCCAUGUGUGAUUUUUUUUGAUGAAAUUGAUGCUCUUUGUCCUAAAAGAAGUGACAUGGAUGUAUGUAUAAAUUACAUGGUUUUAUCAUUAAUUAUAUGUAGUAUAUACAACAGCAAUAAGAAAUUCAAUGUUUAUUAAAUUAAAAUUAUUCAUUUUAAUCAUAUUUUUUUAUAUUUUAUUUGGUUGACCUAUAAGAAUGAAUAAUAAUGAAUGAUUAUUAAUUUAAUACUACUAUUCAUUCCACAUUUCAGAUAAAAGUAAAUAUAGUUUUUUAAAAAGCUCCCAAAAGUUUAUUUAUGUCAAACCUACUUUCAUAGUUUUAUAAUAAUAAUACUUAAUUUUGAACCUCCAUUAAACUAUAGCAGUAAAGCUUAUAUUUGAAAGUUGAAAUGCUGAAUUAAUUAAAAUACAAUAGCGGAUAAAUUAAUAUUUUUAUUUAUUGAUAAACAAAUCAUGAUGAUAUAAAAUAAAAUUAUGAAUGCUGUAUUAAACUAUAAAACUUAAGAAACUGACUUUUUAAUAACUAUUAACAACUUAAUAUAAUAUUAUAAUUUUAUUAAAAAAAUGUUAGAAAUAUUUUGGAAAUAACUGUUCACUUGGAACAUUGGACACUAAAACAGAAAAGUAUUUCUUAGCUACAAUUUUUAAAAUUUUAAAUAAACUAUUAUCCCAAUAGUGAAUCGGUAAUUCAUUUUGUGCAAUUUUAGAAUGUUUUAGUUAAGUUUUUUUUCAGAUAUAAUAUAUGCCAUUCUUUGCAUCACUCAUUUUUUGACACUGUUUUUUAUCGUGUACUAUACAAAAUAUUAUCAUUGGUUUUUGUAGAUAUGAUUGCAGUUAAAUCUGUUGUAGAUUCAAUUACAUAUUUUUUUUUAAACCUUUUAUUGAUUUUUCUGUAUGGUUAACAAAACAUAAAGUUCUAUUAAAAUAAAUUUGUUUAAAUCACGGGUCUUAAAUAGUUAUCAUCAAUAUUUUAGAAAUAUCAAUAUCUUGGAGUCUUCAAUAAAAUGCUAUCUUCAAAUUGUACAGAAGUAAUUAAGUUUUCUCCUUAAAAUAGAUUUUAGUGUUUUCCAUUUUAUUUGUUAAUAGGUAGUAAAAUUAAUAAAAUAACCAUACUUGCCUUUAUGUAAUUGGCUUUGCUAAAAUUUCUAACUAAUUUCUAAUAAGUAACCUCUGGAAGAAUUUUAAUUUUUAGUGCACUUAUCAUUUUAGGAGAUUUAAUGUGUCUAAAGAGUUCUCUUUUUACAAUUCCGCUUAAAUUUAUUAACUGUUUUACCAUAGAAAAUGUUGAGUUCCAAUUAGUUGAUCAAUUUUUGAUGAGUUUUAUGAAACCAUUUUCUUUGUCAUUUUUUUUUUGUAUAACUAAAAUCAUUGUCUAAGGUUUGAAGUUUGAAUUUUGUCUCGUAAACAUUACAAUUUGUUUGACAUUGUAAAUUAAUUUGUUUUAUUUAUCUGCUUAUUCAAUAUUUUAUUCCUCACAAAUAGAUCUUGAUAUACACCAGUAUGCGAUUCAUUCAAAGAUUGUAUCGCAAUAACAACUGAAUGUAUCUUGAUUAGAUGGAAAAAUUAAAAUAAAUUUAUUGUAUUUAUCAAUUGUUUUAUUUAUAAAUAAUUCAAUAUGUUUAGGCCAAUGGACGUUCUGGACAACGUGUCGUCAAUCAAUUAUUAACUGAAAUGGACGGUUUUGAAAGUGGCCGAAGUGGUGGUGUUUUUGUUAUGGGAGCCACUAAUCGACCAGAUAUGAUUGAUCCUGCUGUACUUAGACCAGGUCGUUUGGAUAAAGUCUUAUAUGUUGGAUUGCCAGAUGCAGAAGGCCGUGUAGAUAUAUUAAAAGCAGUAACUAAAGUAUGAGUUAUAUAAUUUGUUGUUUGAUUCACUUUGAUAUAAUUUUUUUUUUUUUUUCAAAUAUUUUGAAUUAUACCUUUAGGACCGUAAAAGACCAGUGUUAGCAGAUGAUGUAGACUUGGAAAAAAUUGGUAGGAAUGAAAAAUGUUCAAACUUCACUGGAGCCGAUUUAGCUGCUCUUGUACGUGAAGCCGGCAUUCUAUGUCUUCAAGAGUAUAUAAGUUUGACUGAUCUGAACAAAAAAUUAGCCAUCCAAAGUAAACAUUUCGAUGAAGCUCUACUAAAAAUAAGACCAUCAGUUUCUGCAGAGGUAUUACUAAUUUUGAAUAACACAUUUAAACUACUGUAAAUUCUUGUAAAGCCAAAUGUAAAGUGGAACAGGAAAACAUUUCUGAUAUUUUAUAAUAUUUGACACUCCAGUUUUAUUAAAAAUUAGUUAGUUGAAUGAUUUGCUUACUUAAAAUACAUGCCAUUAUAGCAUUUGUUAUUUCACUUAUCAAUUAUUAGGAUACAGGUAAAAAUAGCAGAGUGAGCUUUACAUAUAUUUUAUGCGCCAAAGACAUUAAAUAUAAAAUUUGAUAUUUCUAGUUUUUGCAUAUUUGAAGUAUAUUUAGUAAAGGCUAUGUUUCAAUUUUUGUUGCAAUUUUUGCUAAUAUUCAUAAUAUAAUAAAUCAUUAUUUUGUAGUUAUCAUAAAUAGUAGAAAAUUUUUUAUUGUGUAUUAAUGUAUUUAAAAUUUAAAAAAAAAAAUUUCUUUUUAGUCAUUUUUCAUGUUUUUAUGACAUACUAUAGCUUAUUUUACAAUUUUUUAGGACAUAGAGUGCAUAUUUUAAGAUUUGUUAGGUCAUCUUUUAGUGCAUAUUUCAGUUAUUUGCAGUGCUAUAAAAUUUGAGCCCUGGUCAUUAUCAAGUAUAAAAAUAUAUUUACCUUGCAUAAAAAUAAAAAACAGUUCAACUAAUAUUAUAAUUAUUUAUGAACUACUUAAUCACUAUACAGAGUUAUUUUUUUAUCUUGAGCCAUCAAUUAUCUUGGAGGAUUUUAAGUGCAUUUGAUUUUUGUUUUUUUUUUAAUCAUUGUGGAAUCGUUUAAGCAUUAUUUUAAAACCAUUAUUAAUUUUGUACCCCUACUCCAAAUAACUCUUAAAUAAGUGCAUACAACCAUUCUCCUAUUGAAUCCAUAUUUGCAUAGAGAAUAUUUUUCUAGACAUUUUGAUUUAUAUAACACUAAUAUCAGAUUUAAUGUUCAUGAGUUAUAACAGUUUAAAAUUUAAACCAUAGGAGUGGAGAAGAGUAAUAAUUGCCUAUCAAUACAAACAAAUCACCCUGUAUAUUAUAAUUUAGAUUAAAAUUUAUAUUAUUUUUGGAAGUUAUCUAAAAUAUCUGUCAAAAUUAUUUGUUUUUUACUAUUUUUCUAAUGCCGAUUUAACUUACUAUUUAAUUUUUGAUUUUUUUUUUCUGAGACCUAAUCAUAUUUUAUUAGUAUAGGUGUAAUAACAUGAAUAUGAAUAACAUGAAAUCUUAUAUCAUAAAAAAAAAAUUUCUUGUUUACUAAUACCGAAUUUAGAUGAAUAGGUUAUACUAUUAAAAUAUAAAAAUACGCCCACAGGGAAAAUAAAUUGUUUUGCUCCUCUCAUAUAAUAUGUACAUAUGAAAAAAUCAAUACUAAAUUUCACUUACUAAAGUUAAAUUAUUUUUUUUCUAGGAUCAGGUACAUUAUGAAUUGCUAAGAUUGGAAUACGCGGCGCCAAGAAACUGAUUUCACUCAAGCGAUCAAAAAAAUAAAAUACUUUUUAAUAAGUGUUUGAUUCCUGUAAUUUAUUGUUAUCAUUUUUGUUGAUCCAUUGCACUUUAACCAAACUAUUGUUGCAUACAUUUUAUAAAGAUUAUAUUAAAGUAAAAUUUUCCUCUUCCUUUUUUCAUUUUUAGAUCCUUUUUUUUUGUUGACGGUUGGAUGCUUUUGAGAUACAUUAACCUUAUACAGAGAACGUUUUCAAAGUCAUCUUUGGCGUUUCUGUAAAUAU